CUCAGGCAGAUGAAGCGGUGCAUUAUUAUUUUUCAAUUUGUUGUCUGCGAUUGUUUGAACUUUUAGAUUGAAAUAUAAUGUGGGAGGAAACAAUAUCAGUAGUACUACUGGCUGUAACACUAUUGACAUUAUGGUCACUGUACACCAAAAGAAAUAUAUUUAAGUUCGGAAAUAAGUACAUCCACUACACAUUCUAUCCAAUUUUUGGACACUAUUUUCAACUUAAAGAUAUGACUAUGUUUGAUAUAUCCGUAAAGGAAGGAACGAAGAAAGGUUUUCCAUAUGGUUGUUGGUUAGGACAUAAUUAUUAUUACGUAACAACCGAUGGUGAAGAAAUAAAAACAAUUUUAACGCAUCCAGAUACGGUAGAGAAAGCUGAUUUCUACAAAACCUUCAAAAUAGGAGCUUGGAAUACUGUUUUAUUGCUGCCAGAAAAACUAUGGAAACCACGAAGGAAACACUUUUCAAAAAGCUUCAGCCAACCCACUCUUAAUUCGUACGUCCCAUUUUUCUACAAAAACAGCGUAACAUUGAUGGAAAAACUAAAAAAUAUGCAGAACAAGGAUCUGUUUGAAACAUUUGUCAGUUUUACUUUCAACUCGUUUUGCGAAAUUAUAACUAACAAGGAUUAUAAUAUACAAACGGAAGAAGGCCCUAAAGUAGUAGAAUGGUUGAAUUUGUCUCAGAAAAUACUUGGAGAUAAUAUUCUAAGAGUAGGUUCCGGAUUUUUCUUUGUAAUUUUGUUUGUACUAACAAAAACUACACAAGUCUAUCAACUACUUAAAUGCGUAAUAUUAUACAGGACUAUUACUCAACAGAUUAUUGAUGACAGAGGAAUGGAAAUUAAAAAGAAUCCUGAUGCAGACUCAAACUUGCUCGAUACAAUGACAAAUGAUGAAAAAACAUUUUCUAAUAGGAUAAUUAAUGACGAAAUGGUGACAUUUACUUUUGCUGCUGCAGAUACCAGUGGCAACACUUUGGCCUUUCUGUCAACACUUUUGGGCAUGCACACUAAUGUUCAGAAUAAACUUUAUGAAGAGAUAUUGGAAGAAAUUGGACUUGAUCGACCAAUUGAAGCAUCAGAUUUGCAUAAACUCAAAUAUACAGAGAGAGUUAUUUUAGAAACUCUCAGAUUAAUUCCAGUAGUUCCAAUAAUAGGAAGAUAUAUAUCAAAGGAUAUUAAAUGCGGUUCAAAAACAAUUCCCAAAGGUGUAAAUGCCGUUGUAAACAUAUUUAGUCUGCAUCGUAACGAGCAGUACUGGUCAGACCCUUUGAAAUUUGAUCCAGACAGAUUUUUACCAGAGGAGAUUGCAAAAAGGCCAUCUUAUUGCUACAUGCCAUUCUCCACAGGAUCUCGAAAUUGUAUAGGAAAAACAUACGCAUUGAUGAACAUAAAAGUAGCUAUUGCUAACAUUGUACGAAACUACAAGAUGUCUUCGAAAUAUAAAUCAGUAGAAGAAAUGGAUUUCCGAUCAUUUAUAACGAUGAGAGCAAAACAUAACCUAGACUGCCAAUUUACGCCAAGAAAGUAA